AUGGUACGAGAAUCAAAGCGCCUCAAAGCGCAGGCUUACAAGCCAACAAACCCUCUCUUGCCUCUGCCUACUUCUGCCACUCAAACCAUUCAACAAACCUUCCUUCCAGAAUUCUCCUCCGAAGUCCGCAAUAUCAUAAUCCGGAACCUCGUCGUCGAAACUCAGCCCUUUCAACCCCUACACCCCCCGGAUUGACGCAAUAUUCGCGCGUAUCAAGGAACACGAAGCCGGUAAAGUCUCCUUGCCACCAUCUGAGGAUAUUCUUGCUCUGGCGAGAACUUGCCGUCAAGCGUACAAUGAAGUAACGGCCAUUUACUACGGCGAAAAUGCGUUCUAUUUUCCAAACUUUUGGGAUAUGAAGAUCUUUAUGUAUAUGAUCGGUGCACACAAUCGACAAUGUAUGAAGGACGUACGAGUUCAGUGGUCCGAAAUAGGUAGAGGUAGCGCAAAUAAUGCUGCCGCCUUGCUAGGCGAGUGUAAAAAGAUGCGCCAGUGAGUCGCAUUCUUUUUCGUGCUUUCCAAAUGCUAACGUACAACAGUUUUGAGAUUGUGCUUGGACCAGAAUCUGCACUCGGCGCAAGAGGACAGUUGAAGUUUGAUCUUUUCCAAAAUCCGAGAACCUGUGUUUUAGGGCUGAUCAGAGGCAUGAAAAAUGUUCAGGUUGAGGUUACAUGGAAAAGGACCCUAUACCAUGUACCUUCCCUAUAUAGUUCCUCCUGGUCUUAUAGAAAGGAUCAUAGAGAGAAUUUUGCGAAGUGGCUACAGGAGAAGAUGAGAAUCCAAGAGAAGUCUGAACUUGUGUUCGUUGAGGAAACCGGAACCCCCAAGGAAAGAGAGGAUGAGAAUUUCAAGGGAGGCGGGCCGCGAAGUUGGGGGAGAUGGUUCAGUGAUAUGAUAGUGUUAUAG